CUUUUCUUCUGCUAGAGGGUGUUAUAACAAUAACAAAUGAACAGAUGAAAAUAAAGCAAAACGAAAGUGAAGUUUUGCUGACCUCAACAGUUUACGGAUUUUAUUCAGCUUAGAAUGGCAGCCGUAUUGGAUCAUGUUCUUUGUGCUCAGCUAGCAGAAGCUGUAGAACAUUUAACAACCUCUGGACAACCUUCUCUAGAUAAAGGCAAAUUAAAGGAGAUCAAGAAUAUAUGCAGAACAUCAGAUGCAUUUGUUGGUCAAUUAUUUCAUUUAGUGAUGACACAGCUAAGAAUGGACCAUGCAGAAAUACGGUUAUCUGCUUUCCAGAUCAUCCAAGAGAUAUUUGCACGAUCUCAUCAUUUCCGAGAAUUACUUGUUUCCGAUUUUCAAGAAUUUCUAGAACUUACAUCAGAGAUGUGUCUAGAGAUGCCUUUACCUCCACCAAAGGCAGCUGCCAAUCUCCUGAAGGAACAGACCCUUAAGACAGUUCAGAACUGGUAUGAGAAAUUUGGGCAAAGCUAUAAAAAACUUGCUCUAGGUUACAACUAUCUGAAACAUGUUAAAAGGGUGGACUUUAAUAACAUACAAGCAGCCACUUUGGCCGAACAACAGAGAGAGGCUGCAAGAAAAAAGAAGAUGGAAAUAGCUUUACAAGAAAAAAUGAACGUUACUGUUAAUGAAAUUCAUGAUACAUUGCCAGACAUGCAACGAUCGCUAACAGAAUUAGAAAACUGUCUUCAGCUGCUACUCCCAUCCCCUGAUACCUUUGACCACAAUGAAGACACAGUGGAUGAGAGAUGUUCGUCACAGGCAUCCUCAAACACAGAUAACUUGCCUUCAUCACAGAAUUCUGCAACGAGUGAGGGCGGUGUUGAAAGUGGUAGCUGUGAGUCUAGCCAGGAGCAAGGUGACAGUUUUCUUCAGGACCAUGGAUUGACGUCAUGGAAUUAUAAUAUUAGCAUUGAACUGAACCAAGAUUCCAUAAAUAUUGAGGAAGAUGAUAACAACACAGACAUUAUAACAACAAUUGAUGACGUGCAGAGGCUCCUAAGUAAGACUUGCAUUCCCAAAAUAGUGAAGUGGAUGGAGGUACUAUCAAAGAGCGGUAAGGAGGAAGAUAAGAUAAAGAAAUGUAUUGAUAUGAAACAAAAGAUACAGGCUUCGCUAGAUAAGGUACAAAAACUGAAUGUGAAGAGAAGGCUGAGAAAAGUGCCCUCACCAGUUGAUGAUGACGAAGAUGACGAUGAUGAGUUUGAAGACGUCCCUGAAAAAGAAGGCUACGAACCACACAUUCCUGACCACCUAAGAAAAGAAUAUGGUCUGGAACCAUUACCUCCAGAGGACCAGGCAUCGACAUCGGUGUCUAAAUGGAGUAUUACACAGAACAAGAAAGACGACUUAAUUGAUCCAACAAGUAGGGCGGCAGCACUAGAGUCAGUCAAGAAAAGAUUAGCUGCUCUCCAAAAAUCAAAAUCUGUGAAUCCGCCACCAGGAAACACUGUUGAAGGAUUCAGUGGAAGCAAAACAAAGAGCGACGUGAACAGUCGGCGCGAGAAAGAGCUUGCAAUAGCUCCAACGGUGCCCUAUGACAUGGAUUUAUACCACUGGGAUCACUUGGAUAACAUGGAAGCACCCUCGAUACAAAGACCUGAUGCUGAGCAUCGUUUCUGGAAGCCAGUUGAUAAUGAGGAUGUUAUUGUUAUUGAGAAAAAAAAAGAAUCACUGAAGUGGCGCAGCAUCAACUUCAGUGGGACCUUUGAACCUGUGAAGUGGUCUUGUAGGACCCCUCUACCCAAUGGUAAAUUAUGCGAGCGUAGGGAUCGUUUUAAGUGUCCUUUUCAUGGAAAGAUAAUUGCAAGAGAUGGAGACGGGCGUCCGUCAGAUCCAGAAUGUAAAGAGCAGCCAGAGAGAAGCACUAACAAAUCCUCUAAAGGAUUUUUUGACCAGGAUCUGCAACGAGAUAUCGAAGCUGCCAUUGGUCUUGAUAUGGGCUCAUCCCAAGAAGUGACGGGAAAAGCAGGAAAAGGAAAGAGAAAAGGAAAAGGAAAAGGAAAGAAAGCAAAGUAUCCAAAUUUAACUAGCAUUAAGAAACAAAGUACAGCUCAGACACGACUUGAGAAAAAAGUAUUUAAUCCAUCUUCCAUGAAGCGUAUUGCCAAAGCAAUGACCAAUCUUGAACAGCGACGGCACAAUGACAAAUUUGCUAAUCAAUUCAACUACGCAAUUAACUAGAGGUCUUUUCAAAUUUAAUUUUGCUUAAAGUGCAUAGUAACACUGUGAAGUUGAAUAGCUUGGUGGCCUUCCAAUCCAAGUUCUUGGUUUAAUUCCUGUGUCAUGGUAAUAGGAUUUUUGUCUCAUGACAAAAAUUUAACUCCACUCCUCAUAAUGAGACUUGUUUACUUAGAGCAACUUGUGUUCAUGUUUGUCUUGUGAAUGGAUAUGCCACUUUUUGGCAUAAACUUGGCCUAGGGCCUGACACACACAAAAAAAGAAAACAUCAGCUAAGUCAUCUGGAUAGGAGAGCAUAAACUUUUUCGAUUAUGAUUAUUACUGGAUAAUGGAGACUACAUUUAUGGUCAUCUUCCAAUAUUCUUAUCAUUAAGCUGUUUAUUUAGUUAAUUGUUCCCAUACCUAUUUAUAUCAUGAUGGUAGAAAACAGUAACAAACUGGUAUUAAUACUAAUUGAAAUAAUAAAUUUGAAUUUAAUGUAUAUUGACUCUUUAAAAAUGAAUUUUUAAUAUUUUUUUGUAAUUAUAAAGUACUGUAAAUUAUACAUUUGCUACAGGAAAAUGUAAAAUAUGAAUAUUUCUUUUUUAGUCUUUUCUCAGGAAUUUUACUAGAUCUUCAGAUGGUUAAAAAAAUUGUAAUGAAAUGUUGGUUGCAACAACUGUAUCUAAAUUUCAAAAUAUCCUAGAACUUGUGAUACAUUUGUAAUAAAUAGUGCAAUUGUUAUAUUUUGUAGAAUGUUUUGUGGCAAUGAACUAAAAUACAGUUUACAUGUCAGUUAUCAAAGAAAUACUUAUUUAAAAUUAUGUAAUCUAUUUGAAUUUGAAUAUAAUUCUUCAUCACAG